AUGCAGAAGCCUCUUAGCCUAAAAACCAACCAGUACUUCCUGUUAGAGAACCCUAUUCUCUUAAACGGGAGUACUCAAUGCACCAUUUUUCCACCAAAAUCUCCAUCUUUUCACUUUCAGCUUCCGUUUAUUUGUGCAGGGAAGAAGAAAAGGCAAUCUGGGUCUCGAAAAUUUACAAAAUUCGUGCUUGAUUCCUUGCCAAUUAUCGCAUUGAAUCUGAAGAUCAUACCACAGCCGUUUGAUCUAGUCAUUGAAGAAUUUGCUGGCGGAAAUGGAGGCGGAUUAGGGUUCUGGAAGGGUCUUGGAGGAGGUUUCAAUUGGUGGAGAAGAGGCAGAAAGAAGAAUUUAGAGUUGUUACUGUUUGUGGUGGUGUUUGGGUUGUGGGUUUUUUGGGGAAGAGAAUUAAGGAAUGAUUUGUUUUGGGGGAUUUCUGGUUUGGGUUUAUUUUGGGCUGUUCUGAGAAAGGAGUGGAGGAGAGUGGUUAACAAUUUGGUUUUUGGGAUUUGUUGUUUUGGGGUUUUGGUGUGUUUAGGAUUGAGGAAAGGAGAGCUGACGAAAUGUGUUCAAAAGAUUGGAAUUUCAUCACCAAACCCUCAAAAUAUUAAGAGCAGGAAAUCCAGUUCUCUGUCCAAGGAUUGUUUCUGCAAAACCCUCAAUUGA